GAGGACGCAAGGGCGGCGGGACGCAGGGACGGCGGCGGCCGGAGCGCGCCAGGCGAGUCCCCAGAAAAUAUUUCAGAUCAACUUCCUGUUGCUCAUGGGGUGAGGCUGCAGGCAGAUGGAAAACCAAAUUUCCUACAACUGGUGACGGUGCAUUCCAGGUGUGGAAAGCCAGUGAAGCGAGGACAGAGACGUGGAGAGACAGGCAAAGAGAAGUGGAGAGACUGAGAGACAGAGAGGUGGAGAGAGAGGCAGAGAAGAGUGGAAAGAGAAAGACGUGGAGAGAGACUAAGCAAGUCAGGACGAGAAGACAUAAGACAUACAUACUCAGCUGUCCCUGGAACCCCAACCCCGCCUUCAUGCCCAACAGGUGCCCCACUUGGUCCAUCUUCCCAGGUAACCUUCAGCCAGUGCUGCAGGCAGUCUGACUCACUGUCCCCCAAGUGACUCCUGAGGAACAACUGCAGACAAGAAGAUGGCCCAAGUCCUGCAUGUGCCCGCCCCUUUCCCAGGGACCCCGGGCCCAGCCUCCCCACCUGCCUUCCCCGCCAAGGAGCCUGACCCACCCUACUCGGUGGAGACCCCCUACGGCUACCGCCUGGACCUGGACUUUCUCAAGUACGUGGACGACAUCGAGAAGGGCCACACGCUGCGGCGGGUGGCCGUGCAGCGCCGUCCCCGUCUGGGCUCAUUGCCGCGAGGCCCUGGCUCCUGGUGGACGUCCACCGAGUCGCUGUGCUCCAACGCCAGCGGGGACAGCCGCCACUCGGCCUACUCCUACUGCGGCCGGGGCUUCUACCCGCAGUACGGCGCCCUGGAGACGCGCUCCGGCUUCAACCCGCGGGUGGAGCGCACGCUGCUGGACGCCCGGCGCCGCCUGGAGGACCAGGCGGCCGCGCCCCCUGGCCUGGGCUCCCUGACGCCCAGCGCAGCCGGCUCCACGGGCUCCCUGGUGGGCGUGGGGCUGCUGCCGCCCACGCCUCGGAGCUCGGGACUGUCCACGCCAGUGCCGCCCAGCGCCGGGCACCUGGCCCACGUGCGGGAGCAGAUGGCCGGUGCCCUGCGGAAGCUGAGGCAGCUGGAGGAGCAGGUGAAGCUGAUCCCCGUGCUGCAGGUGAAGCUGUCGGUGCUGCAGGAGGAGAAGCGGCAGCUCACGGUGCAGCUCAAGAGCCAGAAGUUCCUGGGCCACCCCACCGGGGGCCGCAGCCGCAGCGAGCUCUGCCUGGACCUCCCAGACCCGCCCGACGACCCGGCGGCGCUCGAGACCCGGAGUGUGGGCACCUGGGUCCGCGAGCGGGACUUGGGCGUGCCCGACGGGGAGGCGGCGCUGAAUGCCAAGAUCGCCGUGUUGGAGACCCAGCUCAAAAAGGCCUUGCAGGAGCUGCAGGCGGCCCAGGCCAGGCAGGCCGAGCCCCAGGCCUGGCCCCCGCCCGACAGCCCCAUCCGAGUGGACACGGUCCGGGUGGUGGAAGGGCCGCGGGAGGUGGAGGUGGCGGCCAGCACAGCUGCUGGGGCCCCUGCACAGCGAGCGCAGAGCCUGGAGCCUUACGGAGUGGGGCUGAGGGCCCUGGCGACAUCAGGAGGGGCAGAGAACCCCCCCGUGUUCCGCAGCCACGAGGUGGUGGAGACAAUGUGCCCGGUGCCCACUGCGUCCACUAGCAACGUCCACGUGGUCAAGAAGAUCAGCAUCACAGAGCGGAGCUGCGAAGGGGCGGCAGGUCUCUCACGGGCACCUCCAGAGUCCUCGUCCCCGCCAGGGUCUGCAGCAGCCGCUGCCCAGGUGGAGCCCGAGGAGAGCACAGGCCAGGUGCCCGCGGGUGACUGCGCCAGCAGGGAGCCCACCAGGCAGGUGGCCUCUUGCGAAUCGGAGGAGGCCAGGGGUGCAGGCGGUUCCCUGGCCGGAGUGCGGUCCAUCAUGAAGCGGAAAGAGGAGCCCGCGGGCCCCGAGGCCCGGCGCAGGAGCCUGCAGUUCGUGGGCGUCAACGGCGGGUAUGAGUCCUCAUCGGAAGACUCCAGCACAGCCGAGAACUUCUCAGAUAAUGACAGCACAGAGAACGAGGCCACAGAGCCCGAAGACAGGGUUCCGAGUGUGGCCCCAGUGCCCCAGCUCAGGCCAGGGACAGCGGUGGCCAAGACCGGCCGGCAAGAGUGUCGGUUAUCUCGGGAGUCUCAGCACGUACCCACGGCGGAGGGGGCCUCGGGAUCCAACUCGGAGGAGGAGAUCCGGAUGGAGCUGAGCCCCGACCUCAUCUCGGCCUGCUUGGCCCUGGAGAAGUACCUGGGCAACCCCAACGCCCUCACGGAGCGGGAGCUGAAAGUGGCCUACACCACGGUGCUGCAGGAGUGGCUACGCCUGGCCUGCCGCAGCGACGCACACCCCGAGCUGGUGCGGCGCCACCUGGUCACCUUCCGGGCCAUGUCCGCCCGGCUGCUGGACUACGUGGUCAACAUCGCCGAUAGCAACGGCAACACGGCGCUGCACUACUCCGUGUCACACGCCAACUUCCCCGUGGUGCGGCAGCUGCUGGACAGCGGCGUCUGCCAGGUGGACAAGCAGAACCGCGCAGGCUACAGCCCCAUCAUGCUCACUGCCCUGGCCACCCUGAAGACCCAGGAUGACAUCGAGACUGUCAUUCAGCUCUUCCGGCUUGGAGAUGUCAACGCCAAAGCCAGCCAGGCGGGGCAGACGGCCCUGAUGCUGGCGGUCAGCCACGGGCGAGUGGAUGUGGUCAAAGCCCUCCUGACCUGCGAGGCGGACGUCAACGUGCAGGACGAUGACGGCUCCACGGCGCUCAUGUGUGCCUGUGAGCACGGCCACAAGGAGAUCGCGGGGCUGCUGCUGGCUGUGCCCAGCUGUGACAUCUCGCUCACCGACCGUGAUGGGAGCACCGCUCUCAUGGUGGCCCUGGAUGCCGGGCAGAGCGAGAUCGCGUCCAUGCUGUACUCCCGCAUGAACAUCAAGUGCUCGUUCGCCCCGAUGUCCGAUGACGAGAGCCUGGCGUCGUCCUCCGCCGAAGAGUAGCCAAGGGAGGGCGGCCGGAGCCUCCCUUGGGGCCACUGGCCCGCCAGCCAGCCGUCCUGUCUCCUCUCUGCCCCUCUCUCCUCGGGCUUCCCCCCACCCCCCAGGCCCAAGUCUGGAAGGCAAACAGGUUUCCCUCCGCGUCCCCAGGGAGCCCAGGACAGGGACUCGCAGGGGACUCCUGCUCCGGUUGGUUCUCCGGCACCCAAGUUCAAAGCAGCGGCCCAGACCAAAGCUCAACUCUUGUCUAACGCGGCGCCAGGGGCUGUUGGCGGGUGUGGGUUUUAUAAAGAACGCGGAGAACAAUCGGCGGCAAUUACGGGCGGAGGAGGGGAAAUUUUAUAUUUUUGAAUCAUUGUCGGGGGAGGGGCGCGAUCCUCCUGUGUGUGGCCAAAUUUGAAAGUCACUGGAAUUGCGUGUGCUCCUGUAGUCGUGAAUGUCAAGGCACCGUCAUCACGCAGUGGCUUUGCCCGCCCGCCUCCCCCACUCGGACUAACUGUCCAGUUACAGCGUCUGCUGCCCCCACUCCAGGUGGCCUUCCGGGGGACAUUUCUUCUCUUUCUUCACAGAGUAGCUUCCGCCCUGUCACGUCACCCCCUGGGCAGACAGCUGAGCCCUUCUCUCUUGUUGUGUCUGCCAGCGUCACCCCCACUCAAGUUGGGGGACUCAGGACCCUGCGGCCUGUGCUCUGGUAGCCUCUGACUUGUAGGUAACCCGUUCACAAGGAGAAAUGACCCAGAAAUCCAUCCCGCCCCUGCACAGAGGCCCUGGCAAACAGCAAGUUUCCUAGAAAAUCCUUCAGACCUAGAGUUGAAAGAAAAAGAUCCAGUUCUCAGAGUGGCUGCUACAUCCAGAGCCCAGAACCGUGGUUCCAGGGCCCUCCUCUUCCUCCACAGGUCUCCAGAAUUUCUCUCCUUAAAGGAAAGAAAACAGGGAAUGUGUGUGUUGGCAGAGCACAGGGCAGGCUCCACAAACCCCAUGUGUACACAAUUAAAAGUUGGCUGCCCCCAGAGGACUCCCAGCGCAAACUUAAAGAGACAGGCCCUUGCCGAAAACCAAACAAAGGGCAGCUGGAUUUUUUUUUUUUUUUUUUAAACAACCUAGAGACUUUCCGGAGCUGCCUGGAGUAGAGCCUGCUGGAAACAGGGCUCGCCAGAUUGGCUUACGGUUUCCUUCUGGGUCUGUUUUGUCCCCAGAAUCUCAGUGUGGUUCUCUUUCCUGUUCCUUUCCUCGGGAAGCAGGGAAAAGAUCAGGCUCCCCCCUUCAGUGUGCCUUGUUAAGGAAGUGGGAGCCCUCCCCAGGCCUGUGCUGCCCUCCAGGUCCACAGGGCUUUGAAGCCCCAGCCCAGCAGGACAGAAUGAGCCCCAGGAGCUGUCUGCUCCCCUAGAGAAGCAGGUUUCUGGGCUUGGUGUAGCCUGGCUGGCUUGGAUUUUUGUAGAAGGUCAGUCUAUGUUUGGACAAGAAGGCUUGGGCUGUCCAGGACGGGGUGGGUGGGUGGUGUGCGUGUGAAACUAGAGAACCCCAGGUGAGCGAGCAGGUGCUGUACCCAAGCUCCUGGAAGCAGCCCUUUGGCCCAGGAGUGCUGACCCCGCCCAUCACCCGCGUCACUCGGUCAUUCCUCUCUGCAUGCCCAUUGGGCUGCACGGGGGUCAUGCCCCGUCCCUACCCUCUUCCCACGUGUAUCCCUGAGCUUUAAUUUCACUCUCUGACCACGGUACGUCCAUAAAGACAGUAUUACACUAAAUGAAGUAUUCUUUUUUGUAAUCUCUUUUUUAGAACGUAAAGAAUUUAAUAAA